AAACAUAUAAUUAAUCAAGUAAUUAAUAACACCACAACAGAAAAGGCAGCUGAUAAUCCCGCCAUCGCCAGAGUUAUAUCUGUGUCUCAGUCUAUUGCCUGCUUCUCCUUGAGAUUAUUAGCGAAAACCGAGAUUAAGCAGGGACAUUAAAAACUUGGGCUGAACUUAUUGGCUUACAGUUUUUACUCUCUAACAGUGGUUUUGUUUCAUUCAUUAAUUGCUUCAGGUGGGUUCGAUCGGCAUUUUUAGUUGUAAUUUUAAAGAAAUAAAGGAAAAAUCCAUGUGAGGGGGAGAGAUGGUGAAAUUGAGCAUUCAAAAAAAUGGGAAGGUGUUGUGUUUGGGAGCUGUCGCAGGGGGAGACGUCGACGAGCGGCAGCUCGACAACUCAUAUAAACCCCAGAGCAGGGGCCAAAAACCCUUUCUCCAUGCAAAAGCAAAAGCAAAAACAAAGUCUCUCCCCCCCAAAAAAUCUCUUUCCUUUUGUUCUUCCACAUGUCCCUUUAAGACGUGGCGUUGCGUCCUCUUGUUUCGGUUUUUCUUUUAAAAGACCUUUUCUCUCUGUUAGUUUUUGCUGGUUCAUUCAUUCAAUUUUUGGUUGCUGUUGAAUCAGACGACCCGAAUUUACCCGAAGGCAAAAGAAAAGCUUUACUCCCUGUCUAGUUUCAUCUCUUUUCAAUCAAUUCGCCUCCUUUUAAUCUUCAAGGUCCCUUAUUUUAUGUUUCUGUUUUUCGUUUUUUUAUUUUUAUUUUCUGGCAAUGGUGGUUGGAUCAAGAUCUGGUUUUUAAGAGACUUUUAUUUCUGCCCAUUCAUAUUCCUUGUUCAUUCUUUAUUUUCUUUAUUAAAUCUUUCCUUUUUGUUUUAAUAAUUGUACUAAUAGAGAGUCUCUCAGUACAAGUUCAAGCAUUUCCAAAUUUUAUUUGAAUUGAAUAAUUCUGGGAACUUCAAGUUUAUAGAGGAUGUUAGCUUUCAUUGCUUUUGGAUUUCAUCUUUCUACUUUAAUCUAAAAAUCGAACCUUUGCUCUUUACAGUGAUUGUUCUUUCAUUUCAUGUAUUUUUUGAAUCCCAAUCAGGCGCUUAAAUUUGUAAUAACUACAUUCAUAGAUCUAACAGAAGCUCAAAUUUGUCUCUUCUUGGCAACAUCUUUCUCAUUUUUUUCUUAUUGUUCAAAUAAUCAGAGGUGUUUUUCCUUCUACCAGUGGUUGACUGAAGGGGAAGUGCUGGAUUGGUUAAUGUCAAAUCUUUAUAACCGGGAUUCCAUUCUAGAAUUUCUAGGUGUGGGUAUAAAUUCUUUUGAGAUUUGGUCAUUACAUGCAGCAUGCACAUGCUUCAACUUAUUUAAACAUCUUAAAUUUCAAAUUUUAAUGGCAUUACGUAUAUCAUAUCAUUUUGCGACUUCCAUUUCCUUAAGUCAGUUUGCUGAGACAAAAGAAAACCUGGGUCUUUUUUGCUAUUACCCUGUAUGGUCUUUCAGCAUAAAUUAAGUGAGAACUUAUUAAUUGUUGCAUUUACUUUUAAAAAACUUUUGAGGUAGCCUUUUCUUUUGUUUUCAUCAAUGCAAUUUCCUGCAGUUUUUAUGCGUUUAAUAUAGAAGCUUUGGUUGUCUAUGAAGACAUUUACUGAUAAGAGAAGAAAUGCUUCAUCUGAUGGGGGGAACAGUGGAUUUAAAAUGAAGCAGCUUCCAUUUAUGGGAGUUAUUUGUUCAGUUACAUUGUAUAUUGUAUAUAGAACAACAAAUUAUCAAUACUAUGAGACACAGAUGGAAACCAAAUUGCACCCUUUUGACUCCGUAGAGGAUAAUGAAUUGCCUUCCGGGAAAUUAAAAGAUUUGCCUCGUGGGAUUAUGCACACUCGCUCAGAUUUGGAACUAAGGCCUCAAUGGAGAAAGAGUUUACGGUCAGCGGUUAAGGUUAAGACAAAUAAGAACUUGCUGGCAAUGCCAGUUGGUAUUAAACAAAAAGAACAUGUAGAUGAUGUUGUGAAAAAGUUUCGUACAGAGAAUUUUACCAUUGUUUUAUUCCAUUACGAUGGAAAAGUGGAUGGAUGGUGGGAUCUUGAUUGGUGUGACAAAGCCAUUCACAUAGUGGCUCAUAACCAAACAAAGUGGUGGUUUGCUAAGCGCUUUCUACAUCCAGAUAUUGUGUCUACUUAUGACUACAUAUUUCUUUGGGAUGAAGAUUUGGGGGUGGAGCAUUUCAAUCCAGGAAGGUAUCUAGAAAUUGUGAAGUCAGAAGGUUUAGAGAUUUCUCAGCCAGCUUUAGACCCAAAUUCAACGGAAAUACACCACAGAAUCACUAUACGCUCUAGAAUGAAGAAGUUUCAUAGGAGAGUCUAUGAACUCAGAGGUAAAACGAGGUGUUCAAAUAUAAGCGAGGGGCCACCAUGCUCUGGGUUUGUGGAGGGAAUGGCUCCUGUGUUUUCGAGAGCUGCCUGGCGUUGCGCUUGGCAUCUCAUACAGAAUGAUCUUGUUCAUGGAUGGGGAAUGGAUAUGAAACUUGGGUAUUGUGCACAAGGUGACCGCACGAAGAAUGUGGGGGUGAUUGAUAGAGAGUACAUUGUUCAUAAGGGCAUACAAACUUUGGGUGGGACUGGGGAGCUCACGAAGAAAACCAAAAAGAUUCGCAGACAAUCGACUUGGGAACUUAAAAUCUUUAAAGAGCGAUGGAAUCAAGCAGUAAUACAAGACAAGGAUUGGAUUGAUCCAUUUCCAAGACAACAAAGGCGGAGAAAACAUAAACGUCAAUCAAAAUUUGUAGACCUUUAUGACUAAUCACAGCUGGUUUAGGUUGGAUAUCCCCCUCAUGUACAGAUUCAAUAGUCAUCAACAUCAACCAUACUUGUAUUUUAGGUUUCCUUUACCCUUUUUUGAAUGCUCAUAAUAUUAUAUAUAUCAUUAUUUUCAUUUUUCACAAA